AUGAACUCCCCGCUAAAGGAAAUCAACCGCCAGGACAUCGCCGAGACGCCCCGCAAGGUCAACAUGGACCUGAAAAGGGCGUUCUACGCGUCGUUGCGCCGGGCGGCUAACAAGGAUAACCUCGCCAAUUGGUCGGACGUUCGGGCCCACUACAAGAAGCUGACCGGUCGCCACCUUGCCCAUCAAGACCUCGUCAGGAUCUCGGGCGUGGAGAAUCCAGAUAAAACAAAGAUGCAAAUUUUCACCGAAGACUUCACCGAGCUGUUCGAGCCCAUCGACCCACAUGGCAACGUCAUUCGUCUCUCUUUGUCGGCUGUACUCUGCGAUAUCCCAGCAAACGACUCUUCGCUGUCUUCUGAUGGAAGAGCUUACUCUUCGGCCCUGGACCAGGAAAUCGACCUCAACAAUACCGCUAUGGAGGGACAGGGGCACGACGCCGAUGAGCUGGAAGAAUAUCGCUCUGCCGAGGAUCUCCGCUCUAACGUACACCAACUUGCCGGCGCUGGGGACGCAGCUCCUCCCACGACCCCGGUAUACUACAACGACGAGAACAUUGCGCCAUUGACGAUCAAGUCUUACCACUAUGGCCCCAGCUUUCCGGAUAGGAUCAAUGUGGGACGUCAUCUACCCGAGGUUCUGAAUGCGAAUCGCGAUGAGGUCGUGCUGCAAGAGGUUCAAGCCCUGCUCGCCGAAAAGACUGGCAUCCGUGAAGAGCUGGCACAAUGCGUGGCUUCCAUGCAUCAACUAGCGAACCACUACCCUCAAGACCAGAAGGAGUCGGCGAUUAUCAGCUCUGGCAGCACGGCCACUUCCCAUCUCACUUCAGCUAACACAGCGGCUACUUUUGAGCGCGCGCCAACUUGGGAGAAGGAGCUGAACCAGGUGGACUCCAGUUCCUCGGCCUACUCACACGACAACGAUGUGGUGGAGAAGGUUGAGGAAUUCUUGCACGACUGCCACCUCGACGCCAAGGACCCCGACCGCGCCAGAUCGACUUCGAUGGUCACCCAGCCCUCGCGACACAACCUCCUGUGCCUCACCGACGAUCUGCCAGAAGCUGAGUUGGACCUCACCGGCCCCGCUCCUCCACUUGAGAUGGUAAAGCCUCUCAAGAAGAAGUCUCGGCUCCACAUCGGACGGCACCACCUCGGCAUCAGCUGCUGCACAAUCCUC